UUUCGCAACCAGUUGACGUAGACAUUUUAAGCAGCUAAACUGAUUCACACCGAUUUAUUUUAAAGCAACGUUAUGGCCGAAAAGAAAGCAACAUUUUUAACAUCAUUUUUAAUAUUUUUAAAUAUAUUAAUCGAUAAUAUUUUGGAAUUUAUUUUGGGUUGGUAUUUUGGGCCAAAAAAGCGCGUUCAAAAAGUGCAGGACAAAGGGCAGGAAUUAAUCGUUUCGAAAAGUGCUGUCGAGCUGGCCCAGCUCAUACGUGAACGCAAAUUGAAGUCUUAUGAUGUGGUUAAAGCGUACUUUGAGCGCGUGGAAGUGGUAAAGUUACAAAUAAAUGCUGUAGUGGACGGGCCUUUCUCAGACGCUUUGGAAGAGGCAACACAAAUUGACAGGAGAUUAGAUAAUAAUGAAUAUUCUGAAAGCGAACUGAAAUCCAAACCUUUUUUAGGUGUUCCUUUUACAACCAAAGACAGCACAGCUGUUGCAGGAAAAUUGCAGACACUUGGCUUGGUUUCUAGGAAAAGUCUAAAAGCAGAAGAGGACGCUGAGUGCAUAAGGCUUAUGAAAAACAGCGGGGCUAUUAUAAUUGCCACCUCAAAUGUUCCUGAAAUUAAUAUGUGGUGCGAGACCAGGAAUAACCUUAUAGGUCAAACAAACAAUCCCUACGACUUGAGACGAUCUGCAGGUGGCUCGUCUGGAGGGGAGGCUGCUUUGAUAUCUUCAUGCUGUACAGCUUUCGGCUUGGGCACAGAUAUUGGGGGUUCCAUAAGAAUACCAGCAUUCAAAUGUGGUAUUUUUGGUCAUAAGCCUACAAAAUUCGCAGUGGAUACUCGUGGUUGCACUUUCCGCACUGGUAAAGAGGAACAAACGAUGAUGGUCGUUGGUCCUAUGACCCGCUUUAGUCGGGAUCUAAUGCCGAUCUUUAAAGUACUGGUUAGGCCUGAGAUGGUGCAGAAGCUUCAACUUGACCUGCCUGUAGAUUUAAAAAAAUUGCGCUUCUUUUAUAUACCCAGCAAUAAUAGCAAGUUAUGCAAUCCGGUAAACCAUGAGACACAGAUGGUUAUGUAUCAAAUACGUCGCCAUUUUCAAAACUCAAGUGGAAAAGAAGUUCAGCUGCUUAAAUUACCUGGCAUAGAAUAUAGUCACAAAUUAUGGCGUUAUUGGAUGACACAGGAAACUUCUGAAUUUAGUAAACUGCUAGGCAAUGGCACCAAAGUAAAUCCUUUUUUGGAAAUAUUAAAAAAGCUUGUUGGAAAGAGUGAGUUCACCAUGGCGGCCAUCUAUGGUCUAAUAAAUUCUGUUUUGCCGCCAGAAAAAGAAGAGAAAAUGCGAGAAAUAACUUCAAAAAUGAAGCGCAUACUGAAAGAAGUUUUAGGAGAUGAUGGAGUCUUGUUCUAUCACAGUUCCCCUAGGACAGCAACAUUCCACUAUUAUCCUCUAAUUAAGUUUGGCGAUAUAAGUUAUUUUUCCAUAUUUAAUGUGCUACAGACACCAACCACACAAGUCCCGAUGGGCUUAGAUAGUAACGGUAUGCCGAUGGGUAUUCAAGUAGUAGCCAAUGAAAUGAACGAUCGCUUGUGUUUAGCAGUAGCUGGGGAAUUAGAAAGAGCUUUUGGUGGUUGGGUACCGCCAUAUAACAUUAGCAAUUAAUUCCAAUCAUUUAAUUUUCAUAUUGUAUUAUAAGUAGUAAUAAGUGCAUGUGUAAGGAAUAUCAGGAAAAUAUCUGCUUCUUCAAUAACAUUUAUAGAAUAAAACAGGAUAGUAAGUAAAAU